AUGUCCGGCAACGCUCCCAAGAAAGCCGAUCAGGGGCCUUCGUCAUCAGCCGCUGGCGGAGCAAGCGCUCAGCCAAACAGCAAAGGCGCCUCGAACAGCAACGAGGUGCCUCAUCUGGGCGUCUUGGACGAGGAUGACGAGUUCGAAGAGUUCGAGGUGCAGGACUGGGACGACUCAGAGACGUCGCUUGCGCAUCUCUCGUCCAACACGACGGGCGGUGCCUCGGGCCUGAGCAUCUCAGGCGAGCGCAACAGCGCGGGCGGUGUCGGCGCAUCGGGGGCCCCGGGGAGUGCGGCAGGUGGCUCGUCAGCUGACCACCUGUGGGAGGACAACUGGGACGAUGACGACGUUGAAGAUGACUUCAGCAAGGCUUUGAGGGCCGAGCUUGACAAACAGACGAGCGGAACGGCACCCAUGGCAACUUGA